UAACCCGUUGUUUGCAGAUCGGCGUUUGAGAAAAAGGGCCACAAAUGGCUUCAGCAAUUGGCGGCGAAGAUGAUAUCUUCGAAAACCUGAAGCAGAGGGUUGAUCCCAAGGUGCAAGAGGAGCGUGACCAAUCGCUGAAUGCACGGAUUCAGGCGCAAUACCAGAAAGCGCAAAACAGACUGGCGGAGCUGCUUGAUAGCAAUUCGACGCUGCCCGUAACGAUAUCAUCUAUCAGCGUUGUCAAUGCACCUCACACGAGGAAGAGCUUUUUGCAGCGAAUCUUCAACCCUCUGUUGAGCGUGAACAGAGACCAGCCCUAUACGUUGUCUGAAGCCCUCCGCGAAAUAUCUGUCAGCGCGGAUAAACUGAGCAGAUUUGACAUCUUCCACCCUCCGAUUUCUCUGUACAUCGACCAGCCGUCUGCGUCUGACGCUUCCACAACCCCAUCGGACAUUGCUAUUUACCUCUCCGUUCGCGAAAAGUCUCGGCUGCUCCUCAAGACAGGAACCGAUCUCGGAAAUGCGGAGGGAUCUGCCUAUGGAAACCUUCUUUGGCGCAAUAUUUUUGGCGGCGCUGAAACCCUCAACCUCAACGCAUCGCUUGGAACCCGAACGAGGUCUGCUUACUCGGCAAGCUUUGACACUCCCAUACUGAGCAACCCAGACUUGAGAUGGGAGAUUGGCGGCCUCGCCAGCAGCACUCACAAAUCAUGGGCAAAUCACGAGGAAGUCCUCAAGGGCGGAAGCACCAAGCUUCGGUGGUUGAACAGCCAAGGUCAUAGGUUCGAGCUUGGCUACUCUGGCAUCUGGAGACAGAUUACUGGCCUGGGAGGAAAUGCCUCGCCUACCGUCAGAGGCGAUGCUGGAGACAGCGUCAAGAGCAGCAUAACAUCCACAUGGAUCAACGACAGGCGCGAUAACCCACUUUUACCCUCCAGCGGUUACCUCAUGAAGACUAUUUCCGAGGUGGCUGGCUACGGCCCGCUCAGAGGAGAUGUUGCGUUCUGGAAAUCGGAGCUCGAAACUCAAACGGCUCUAUCCGUUCCUGUUCCCGGAAUCAACGGUGUGACAUUUACCACCGGUCUCCGUGCAGGACUUUUGUGGCCUCUGGCCUUUGCUGGCCAGGAAACUGCCCAGCCUUCACGGAUUAACGACCGCUUCCAACUUGGCGGCCCAACCGAUGUUCGCGGAUUCCGCCUGUCAGGCAUCGGCCCUCGCGACGGCUCAGAUGCCGUGGGUGGAGACGUCUUUGCCGCGGGCAGUGCAAAUCUUCUUUUCCCUCUGCCCAUGGUCGGCGCCGAAAAGCCUCUUCGAUUGCAAGCUUUCGUCAACGGAGGUAGAUUAUUAGCACUCAAGGACACUUCUGGAGAAGGAAAGAUGGACAGCGACACAGUCAAGAACAAUGUCAGUGAGACGAUCCGGGAGCUUGCCAAUGGUUACCCUAGCAUGGCCGCAGGUGUCGGCCUUGUUUACGCGCAUCCCGUCGCUCGAUUUGAGCUUAACUUCUCCCUGCCGCUGGUGAUACGGAAAGGCGAGGAGGGACGUAAAGGACUUCAAUUGGGCGUUGGCAUUAGUUUCUUGUAGAAUAUGUAUCAUACUACAUGGCAGCAGAUAUACUCUCGAU